CAGAUCUCCCCCUUCUGGAGGAAGUUAAAGCCUGAGUGGCCCAAGAAGCGCUCCCAGCUCCUGGUGUGCUCCAUAGCGCAGGGCCCACCAUGCGACCUCUCGUCCUCCUGUGCAGCUGCCUGGUCCUCCCAGGUUAUGGAGACCUCGUGGGCCCGAAGGAGAUCAGUGGAUUUGAGGGUGACACUGUGUCGCUGUAUUGCACCUACGGGUAUGAGCUGCAGCCAUACUUCAAGUACUGGUGUCGGGAGAAGGGACUCAUUAUCUCCCGCUGCUCUGACAUCAUCUACGCAGAGGAAGAUGGCCAGGAGACGACGAGGGGCAGGGUGUCCAUCCAGAAUGACCCCUACCAGCGCAAGUUCAAGGUGACCCUGAGGAAACUCACCCUGCAGGACGCUGGGGGGUACAUGUGCGGGGUCAGCAGACUGGGCUUGGACACAAUUUUCCGGGUCUCGCUGAAAGUUUUCCCAGGUCCCUGCUGUUCUCGCUCCCCCAUUCCCUCCUUCCAGCCUCCUACUACAAGGAGCCUCCAGCCCAAGGCAAAGGCUUGGCAAACUCAGCCCCCAGAAUUGACUCCUCCUCGUCUCCACCGGACAGUCACCACAGCCAAGCGGGGGACGACGGGGGCCAAGGCCUUUCCGUUCACAAGGCCCCCCCUGCGUGACCACCGAGGAACCUCCCGGUACACAGGAACCUCUCCGUAUGCGGGGACCGCUCCUCACACAGGGACCUCUCCCCCUGCAGGGACGUCCCACCUGUUCACACAACUGGACUCCACCUCAGCAGAGGACACCAGUCUGGUCCCCAGGAGCAGCAGCUCCAAGUCCAGGGUGGCCAUCCCGAUGGUCCGCAUCUUGGCCCCGGUCCUGGUCCUGCUGACCCUUCUGCUGGCUGCAGGCCUGGCCGCCUUUGGCCGCAGCCUGCUCCGGUGGAGGAAGGAAGCUCAACUGGCCAACGGGACACAGGAGAACGAGAAGGUUCACCCUUCACACUUGGCCUCUCCCAGAGCUGCUAUACCCAGCCCAGAGGGGGCACAGGGAGGCCUCGCUGGAGAAGGGUCUCCCAGGAAUGCUGAGCUGGGGAACAGCUGGGUCUCAGAGUACGCUGUGAUCAACUUCUCCGGACCCACUGAGCCUGGCACGAGCCCCAAGCUCUCCCCCUGCCCCAACACGGAGAUCCUGCGCCUCAACCAGGCUUCAAAAGAAGAUGAAGACUCUUUGCCGGACCCAGAGGGGGACAUGAUCCAGGAGCCUCCCCUGCACCUGUCCCGGGAACAGCUGGGCUUUGUCCCAGUCUAGCCACCGCACCCUCCAGGCUGCUGGGAGUCUGAGUGGCUGGAUUUGCUGGGUUCCAGUGAGCUUUCUGCAACAGCUUGAGGUCGCCCACCAGACUCCGGGGCUCUCCCCUCCCUCCCCAGCUCUCCUCCUGCAGGCCAUCUGACCUGGAAGCCUUUGUCAGCCCCGGAGCCUGGAGUGGUGGCCUCACAGUUCCAGGAGGAGACUGAGACCCCCCAACAUGUUCAUUUCCCUGAGCAAUGUGUGCAGCCUGUGGACCCCCCCAUUGGGGCCAGAUGGGACUGGGGGGGGAUGUGCUCUGAGUUUGUAUCUACCAGAGGAACGCUCCUGAGCCCAGGGGCCCACAAAGUCCCUUCCUCCUCCCCUUCCAGACCUCACCUUCUCCGCCUCAUCUCAAACGCUCCAUAAGCUGGUGAGGAGAGAGCCUGCUGGAUUAGAGGGGUUCUGACUUCAAAGCGGGGCUGGGAACAACCCCCCUCCCAUUCCUCUGGGAAGCUGGUUUAAAAUGUGGUUCCUAGGCCCCACCAAGAUCUGCCAAAACCAUCCUUGGGGCUGGGCCCAGGACUCUGCAUUUCUAACAAGUCCCUGGUCAUUGUAAAACUCAAGGCUGAGAACAAGUGGGCCUGUGGACUCUCAGGUCCUCCAGCUCAGAGAGUCUGUACUUGGUGUGUGGGGUCUCUCCCCGUCAGAGGUGCCCAUGACCCAGCUAGGGUCUUCCUGGGGUCACCUGAAGUCAAGUGCAUACUGGACUGGGGGAGCCCGGGACUGGCAGGAGCCUUGCCUUUCUGACACCCCUUCCUAGCCAAGCACACCAGGUUUUGAAAGGAGGACGGAGAACUUGGCUCCUUCCUUGUCCAGAAAGGGUUAAUUGCCUGUGGGCUUUGGCAAAUAGAGAGAGUAAAAUUGGACAUCUAAGGGAGGAGGGGGGACAGGACAGGAACCAAAGGGGAACCUGAAGGUGACCCUGAGUUUGGCCUUCAGGAUGGGAGUGAGGGAGAGUAACAGAACCACAAUUUUUUCUUUUCCAAUUGUUUUUUUUGAAAAAUGAAUUGGGGGAGGGGCUUGCUCCACACCCACACUUUAGAAUGAUGGAGGAGGGGAAAAGCAAACCCCCAUCGUCUCCCCACUAAGCAAAGACAACCAAGAUGACAUUUCAUUUUGUUUAGUCUUUUUUCCUCAACAUCACCUUCCAAGUUAUUUUGUAUAUGCAACUUCAUAGCUUACUCUCCUAUCUGAUUACUGAAUCAUAAGCAGUCGUGUGUUCACAGAAUGUUCUCACCAGCCUUUUGUAAAUACAAUGUUUAUCAGCUACAUAGUAUUUCAUCUUACAGUGUUUUUCAACUGCUUUCAGUUCCCUCUCAAUAGAUAGUAAAUGUGUUUCUCUGUUUGCUCUUCUAAAUGGCACUAUGGUGAGUCUGGCACCAGUCCUUAGCUGUGCUGGGAGUUUUCUGCAAGAAUCUGCAGAUGUGGGGGCCUCCCUGGUGCCACAAGGGGUUAGGUCUCAGCACUACGAAGCUAUCUGCAGCCGCUGCAGCAUGAGUUCAACACCCGGCCAGGGAGCUACCCACAUGGCACAGCAGACCUCUCCUGUCUCGCCCACUGCUCCCCUCAGCAUUGUAUUUCAGUCAGUCUGCCUGUUCUGUUCCCUAUUCUGUAUCUGGGGAAUCUUCUCACCCCCUCACCUCUGGCCUGUACCCCAGUUCUUGUAUG